CCCAGCUCUCGCUUAGACUUUGGUCCCGGGGCCAGCGCCAUUUAUUGGCUGCGCGGAAGUUAAUCUAUAAUCGGCCGGGCAGCCAGCGAGGCAAGACCUGUUAGUCAGCUGCCUGGUCGCAGGCAAUUUGCAAGCCGGAUCGACCUGCCUUGCUCAGCGGGUGGAUGGCAAUCCUGGGGAGGUAUGACGGGCAGCUCAGUUAUGCGGAGCACAUGACCGCCGGCAGGUACUUCUGCAGGCCAGCGGGGCCUCAGUUCCCCGACCGCUCCGGCCAUGAGGAGGAACCCCGUGGAUGCUCCGGCCAGGCACCGGCAGAGUUGUAGGAGAGGCGGAAAAGCCACAUCUGAAAAGGCGGCCAAGAAAAGCAGAAGCUGAGGUUGACUUCGCCACCGCUGCCGCUGCCGCCGCCGCCACUCAGCAAGAAAUCUGUAGGGCAUCUUUUAUUUCCCUACACAACAUCCCUGAAAGCGCCUGCCCGAAGCCCGGCAGCCCAGCGCACCGGAGGCGUCUGGGGCAGCAUCUCUAGGCACUCCGGGAGUCACCCCGCCGCCCUCCUACCAUGGGCCUCCGGGAGUCGCCUUACUCCAGCCGCGUCCUGGGGGGCCUGGACACGACCGCGAGGGCCCUGCUGUUCCCCGGCUAUUGGUUAGCGAGCGAAGUGCUGGCCCUGCAGCGGACCACGGGGGAGAAGCCCGGCUGCGCGCCCCACGGGCUGGAGAUGGCUGUCCGGGGGCCGCUGCUGCUGUUGCUACUGCUGCUCUACAGCCCCGUCUCGCUGCUGGCCCUCCUGCUCUGGCUGCCCCUGCAGGGCUCCCGGCGCCCCUUCGCCUACCAGCACACCCCCGGCAGAGCCCCUCCCGAAGCCUGGGCGCUUCCUGGCCAGGCCAGGACCCUCGGCCUGCUCAGCGGGAACGUCUGCCUGCUCCCUGAGGGGCUGGCCAAAUUCAGCAACCUCUGGCGGACACAAUGGCGAGCCAGGCACAUCGGCCAGACCCUGGCGCAAGCGGCACAAUGCUCCAUGCCCCAUUCCCCCUCUGGUGCCCACAAAGGCCUGGCAAUUCCACAUGGGCUGCUAGGGCCCCCUGGCGGUGUCCUGAGCCACCCCCAGGGCGACGCUGUAGUGACCGUGGAGCUGCCCCUCAUGGAGGACUUGGGGGCCGUGGCAAGGGAGUCCAACGGUCCCUCUGAGAUUUGUGACUGCUUCCCUCCAAACCUGGAUAUCCUGUGCCUACAGGAGGUCUUUGACCUCCGGGCCUCUGCCCACCUGUGUCGGUUCUUGGGCCCCCAGUUUGAGCACAUCAUCUAUGACGUGGGCACCUAUGGUCUGCAGGCCUGCUCCGCUCUGAAGCUGCUGAACAGUGGGCUCUUCCUGGCCAGCCGCUACCCUCUCUUGGCAGUGGAGUUCCACUGUUACCCCAACGCCACUGGCGAGGAUGCCCUGAGCGCCAAGGGCCUGCUGUGUGCUCAGGUGCAGCUGGGAGCUUGCCAGGGGCGAAGGGUCGUUGGAUACCUGAACUGCACCCACCUGCAGGCCCCCGAAGGCGACGGGCCCAUCCGUCAUGAGCAGCUGAGCCUCUCUCUGCUCUGGGUGCAGCUCUUCCAAGACAGCCAUGGGCAGCCGGGGGACGUGGUGGCCUUUGACAUCUUCUGUGGGGACCUCAAUUUCGACACCUGCUCUCCAGGUGAUGAGAUGGAACAAGGCCACGAGAUCUUCAGCCGGUACACGGACCCCUGCCGCAUCGGUCCUCGCCAGGAUCAGCCUUGGGCCAUCGGGACGCUGAUGAACUUGAUGCACAUCUAUGACGAAGCUGUGGCCACCCCAGAGAACCUGAAGAGGACUCUGGAGAAUCCAGAGGAGCGCAGGAAGUACCUGGCAGGCCCCCUCCAGGCCAACGGCAGCGCCAACCUCUCGGCAACCUGGCACAAAGGGCGGCGCAUUGAUUACACUCUUUACCGGCAACACUUGGGCCCGGGGCACCUGAAGACCUCGGUGGAGAAGGUCUUCUUUUUCACCCAGCUGGCCACCUGCUCUGACCACUUGCCUAUUGGACUGCAACUCCUUGUGUCUUCGGAGGUGGAGCCAGAUGAGUGACCAGGCAGCCCUACAUGGAAGGACUCACCGUGACUCAUGUCCUUGAUCCGGGGAGGGGAAGCUGUCCAGGGCCUCUUCCUGUCGGAGCGAGAGGGAGCAGUUACUUCUCCAGAGCCAAGCCAGGCCAUCUGUGAAGGCCGAGGGGCUGGCUGGGGAGCCCUUCAAGGUUGCAGGUGCCGAAGAAGUCAACGACUCCGAUCUCUGGAUGCUGCAGAUGGUGGAAGAGAGUAUGGUUCUGGUCAACGGGGACCAUCAGGGCGACUCUGGAGUUCUCUGCCCAAGUACCUGGACCUCUUGGUCAGCCUCUCCUCUCGGCCCUCCUAGGAAGGGCUGCAGGAAAACAGUUGAGCCUGGCACAAGGUCAGGCCGGGGGGGACAUGCGGGGGGGGAGUGGAUGUGGCCCCCAUGACCCAUUAUGUGUCUGGGUGACGUUGACUAUUGAAGGGCCGGUGCAGACUUUGGGCUGGGGAACAGGAACCCAUCGAAUCAGUAUUUUUUUCACAAGGCGCAACUUGAGUUUCGUAACUAUUUACUCAAACGUUGUCAGCCUCCCAAGAUAAAAAUCUCACCACACAGAUUACACAUCCUGCAUCAGGCAUGUAUAGAACUGAAUGUUUCAGCAGAACUUGAAUUGUUUCCAAGAAACUGAAAGGCCUCAAAUAUUAAUAGUUUACUGCGUUUGAGCAGACCGUUCCUGGGCUGUUCUUCAUUUGUGGCCCUUUUCAGUCAUGUAGGAACUCCUUCCCUGAGCUCUUGGAGCUCCAAAGCUUCCAAAUUUCAGAGAGGUUCAGCGGGGUUGGGGUGGCCCUGCCCCUCCGUCCCUUGUAUGCAGGAAGGCGCUUCCUGGAGCUGAUGACUUUUUGUUCAUGAUCUUUGUUCAACCACUUGAGUAAACAUCUUUGCAACUGGUUGGCACAAAAGGCCGGUCUCUUGUGGGACAGGGUGCAGCACCCAGGCUAGGAGGGCCUGGUGCUGGGGGUGGGGGAGAAGGGGGUUUUAGCCACUCUCACCCUAUAGGCAGCCUGCAGAACUUGAUACACAUCCCUCUGCAGAAACCCAGAGAGUGGAGAUGCAACGUUUCCACAGGAAUGAAACACGAUGGCCCUCAGACCCUGCGGCUGCAAGGGGUGGGAAGAGUUCCAAAGCUUUUCUCUUUCCUUUCUUUUGCUUCACUCUCUGCUCGUCUGGUUUUGGGGGGCUUUUUGGAACUUUUGACCACUGCCCCCACUUUCUUCCCACCCGACAGGAUCUCUCCUAUGUUGCCUUUCCCCCACUGAAAUCCAUAGCCCAGGAAUUGCAGUAGCCCAAUCAAAGCUUGGCUGUUUCUGUGGAGAAUUGAGCCCCAAAGCAGUGAGAAUCUGAGCGGGUCCAGACUAUUGCUCAUUGGCUGCAAAGCUAGCAGAUCCCCUGCAGCCCCCCCCGGCCUCUGCCCCCACCCCAUGAGCCACCAGCCACGUUGAUCUUAUCUGGAACCGUGAUCAAAGACGGCUUCAGCAUGCGUGAUACUAGCAGAAGCCCCCACAUCCAGGAAGAAUCCCCUUGGCAGUUCUCAGGAAGUGAGGCAGCUGCAGGGAGGACGGGUGGCGCCUUCCCCUGUGGGACCCAUAAAGGAUCAUUCCCAGCAAAGAAACCCGUCCAGGAGCUGAACCAAAUGGACUGAAACUGGAUUCCCAGCUGGAAAAGAGGAGGAGAGGCUCAGCCCUGGAGUCCUACCUGCUCUCAAGGCCCCGAUCUGCACUGUAAUCCCUUUGCCCCUGCUGGGCGCAGGUUGGCAGAAGAAUUACAAUUCGGAAAGGGGAUCCUGGAGAGAAUAGAAUAGAAUAGAAUUUUUUAUUGGCCAAGUGUGAUUGGACGCACAAGGAAUUUGUCUUGGUGCAUAUGCUCUCAGUGUACAUAAAAGAAAAGAUACGUUCAUCAAGGUACAACAUUUACAACACAAAUGAUGGUCAAUAUAUCAAUAUAAAUCAUAUAUCAGAGGCACAGAGAACGGCGUCUUUGAGCCUAAGGAAACCCUGCGUGCAGCACUUCAGACAGAUGGGUGAACUUCAGAAGGUGGCAAAAUUGAUUCAUCAAGCCAAAUUCUUCUACCAGCUGACACGCUGCCCUGCUCCUUCUCCUGAGGUGACCCCAAAGCACAGGGAAGAGGGGGCUGAUCUCUUGGGCCCCAUCCCAACAGACAAGACGCGUGGCAGAGGCAAGAACAGCCAGGGAAACAUAAACAGAAAUUAUAUGAUUAGUAAUAAAAAAGGGGGGCGCAAUUUCUUCCCUAUCAAGAAAGCCCGGGGAGAACUCUCCAGCCUCCUCUUAGGGUAUUUUAAUUUGGUGGCUGGAACAGUAAAGUCUACAAUGAGCCAGAACAGUGAGCUGUAGCUGAUUGGUUGGAGAGUGCGGGCUUCUGCAUGAGGUAAUCUGCUGUGAUUGGUUGCUGUGGGGGGUAAAGGGGGAAUUUCCUCCCCCCCACCUUUUUUCUUCUCUGUGCUCUAAAUGCUGUUCUGUGAUUUACCUUGAAGAUUUACCUGAUGAUGUAAUGAUGUGCCUAUCUUGCCUGCUGUAAAUAUAGAUGUAAAAUAUAUUUAUUUAUAAAAAA